ACCCCUUCUAGAGAGGUUCCCACACACCAGAAGAGAGAGAAAGAGAGAGAUAGAGAGAGAGAUGGGGAGAGAUGAAGAAGAAGAUGAAAACGGAGGAGGACGAGAGGGAACAAAGCUCGUGGCAGAUGAAACGGUCCCGUCCUUGUUGUUGGACGGGACAGGGUUGGUUUGUGUUACGGGAGGUACUGGUUUCGUUGCUUCUUGGCUCAUCAUGCGUCUCCUCCAACGUGGCUACUCCGUUCGAGCCACUGUUCGAACCAAUCCAGAAGGGAAUAAGAAAGAUACAAGCUACCUAACCGAACUACCAUUUGCAUCGGAGAGGCUUCAAAUUUUCACCGCUGACCUCAACGAACCGGAGAGCUUUAAACCGGCGAUCGAAGGAUGCAAAGCCGUAUUCCACGUGGCUCAUCCUAUGGACCCGAGCAGCAACGAAACCGAAGAGACCGUUACGAAACGCACCGUUCAAGGUCUCAUGGGGAUACUCAAGUCGUGUUUGGACUCUAAAACCGUGAAACGGUUCUUCUACACGUCAAGCGCCGUAACCGUUUUCUACAGCGGUGGGAACGGCGAUGGAGGAGGAGAAGUGGACGAGAGCGUUUGGAGCGACGCGGAGGUGUUUAGGAAUCAGAAAGAGAAGAGAGUGAGCAGCUCUUACGUUGUGUCGAAAUUGGCGGCGGAGACGGCGGCGCUUGAGUUCGGCAAUAAGAAUGGAUUGGAUGUUGUGACUCUCGUUAUCCCUCUUGUCGUCGGACCUUUUAUAUCUCCGUCGUUGCCUUCCUCCGUCUUCAUCUCUCUCGCCAUGCUCUUUGGAAAUUACAAGGAGAAGUAUCUGUUCGAUACUUACAAUAUGGUGCAUAUAGAUGAUGUGGCAAGAGCGAUGAUAUAUUUAUUAGAAAAGCCAAUCGCGAAAGGGAGAUAUAUAUGUUCGUCGGUGGAUAUGAAGAUAGAUGAGGUGUAUGAGUUCUUGUCUACGAAAUAUCCUCAGUUUCAGUUACCUUUCAUUGAUUUGAAGAAUUACAAAGUAGAGAAGAGGAUGAGUCUCUCGACGAAGAAGCUGAGAAGUGCAGGGUUCGAGUUCAAGUAUGGAGCCGAGGAAAUAUUCAGUGGAGCUAUAAGGAGCUGCGAAGCCAGAGGCUUUCUUUAAAAAUUCUUCGAUGAUUUAAUUUGUGUUAAAAUUUUAAAUUUGUAUAUGAAUUGAAAAUAUAUAUAUAUUUUUUCCCCCUA